CCAUGUAAUAUUGCGGAAUAUUGGAAUAAGACUUUUCUUAUAUUAACCUUGAUAGAAUAUCCUAAUAUCCAGCUAAUCAGUAAAAGACAUAUUUUCGGUUUGCACUACACCCUGUGCUAAAACAUCGCAUGCGCAGUAUAGCACUACACGCCACGGUGUUAAAUAAGGACUUUCCGCAUGCGCAUUUGUAGUGGGUUGGGUUAGCCUAUUAGCUGUUGAUAAUGCUUGAUGAUUUUAAUAGGUGUUUUAUGCACCUUAUUUCACUUUAAUGUUUUGCACAAUCUGAGUAGUUUUUGUAUUGCAUCAGCUCUACCUUUUUCUAUCUGUAAAGUAAUGAAAAGUGACAGUUUGCACUCUUAGAAUCAGAUCGAAGUUGCAUUCGCCUGCGGCUUUUAACAUGAAACCAAAGACUGGAAAAAGAGGGAGCCAGUGUCUCAGCACUGGAUGGAAAAUAUCUCGCCAUUUCUCAACCCGAGACUAGAGAAGGGGGCGUUUACCAUCCCUGUCGUCUACAGAACUGGCUGUCGGGUGAUUCGAUGAGGGUGGUGCCAAGCAGGAAGAAGACGUACGACAAGCCCCCAUAGGACUUGGUUGCAUUCGCCAACCUAUGUUUGCCGGUUAUAACCGAGAAUAAUAAGCACCCGACUGAAAGAUUCCCUCACACUCAUUCCCUCUCGUUAAAGUGAUGUUAUAACUACACCCGCCUCGUCUCUUGCAUUCCACAGCGGAGCACAGUUUAGAGAAAUACAAAGACGAGGAGAAACCGCAGUAUGGAAACUGAGAUCCACGUGCCUGUUGGUUCGCCGGCAAUCAGAAAAAUCCCAGUUUUUGUUGAUGAGCAUAACGUUAUAGAUGGAGCAAUGAAAUUGAUUCAGCAGCUUCGACCAUCAUGGGACAUCUGUUUCGUCAGAACCAAGCUCUUUACCGAUGGGACCACCAAUAAACUUGUUGGCUGCUUCUUGGAAGAAUCCCCAGAGGACAUGGUCCUCGUACGGGUCUAUGGCAACAAGACUGAGCUUAUAGUGGACAGAGACCAUGAACUGAAGAGUUUUCAGGUGCUUCAUGCCAAUGGCUGUGCUCCCCGCCUUUACUGCACUUUCCAGAAUGGCAUUUGUUAUGAAUUCAUGGAGGGAGAUGCACUGGGGACGCAGGAUGUGAGGGACCCUGUGCUACUCCGGCUGAUUGCGGCAGAGAUGGCUCGCAUCCAUGCCAUUCAUGCCCACAAUGGCUGCAUCCCGAAACCUAACCUAUGGAUAAAGAUGCGCAAGUAUUUCUCCCUCGUGGCUACCGAGUUCAUAGAGCACACUUCAAACACCAGAAUUAAACAGGAAUUGCCAGAUAAAGCUGUACUGGAACAGGAAAUGGCCUGGAUGAAAGAGCACCUUUCUCAGUUGGGAUCCCCUGUUGUUCUCUGUCACAAUGACCUACUGUGCAAAAAUAUAAUUCAUAAUUCUAAGGAAGGCCAUGUUAGGUUUAUAGACUAUGAAUACUCAAGUUACAACUAUCAGGCAUUUGACAUUGGGAACCAUUUCAAUGAGUUUGCAGGUAUGAGCGAGCUGGAUUAUGGCCUGUACCCCAACAGGGAAAUGCAGCUGGAGUGGCUGAACACUUACCUGCUGGCCUAUAAGCACUUUACCAAGAAGCGGGAGGCAGUGACUGACUGUGAGCUGGAAACACUCUUUGUCCAAGUUAACAAAUUUGCCUUGGCAUCUCAUUUCUUUUGGGGAUUUUGGGCUAUCAUCCAGGCCAAGUAUUCCACUAUUGAUUUUGACUUCCUUGGGUAUGCAGCAUUGCGGUUUAACCAGUACUUCAAGAUCAAGCCAGAAGUCAUGGCUCUGAAAAUUCCGGAAUAAAAAGCAAGGAUGUCUGACAGUGGUAGCAGAUCCAUUUUCUCUAAGAAGAGGAUAUGGAUAGGGCCACUAUGAGGGUAAUGUUUUUAAGGGAAGUAUGGAUGAAGUAACAGAUUAUUAGUGUGGUAACUGAGGAGGAAUAACUGGGAGGAGCAAUGUGGUUGGGGUGUUUCUUUAAUCAAGUUUGUCCACCUAAGCAUACUCAUUUUUCUUAGUAAACCCCUGCUUGGUUACCUACUGAGAAGAGAUUGUUGUUCAGUUCUUUUCUCUUCCCAUGUUAAAUAGGUAUGCAGUGUUGAAAAUUCCCACAUUUACAGAUAAAGGCAAGUUAGUCAAAAUUCUCAAAAUCAAUCUAAAGUUGGUCUUCAGCAAUUAGCUUCUCUUGAUGUCCUGUGGGCUUUGCUGUAAGAAGAGAGACUUGUCAUUUGGUAAUUCUCCUUGGAGGAUUUUCAGAUUUUAGAGCAAUCUUGAAAGAAGAAAGAGUGGAAUGAUGCCCCCAAUCCAAUUGUAGCUUUGCGCUUUGUAAUUAUGUGUUAUUUGUUUCUUAAGUAAAGGAGCUCGUUGUAGAAGCUGAGGUCACACCAGUUUUUUGAAAAGUCAUGCAUAAGAAGUUUGUGCAUCUCCAGUAAAAUGUCCUCUAGAAACUCCGUACAGCAUCCUUACUUUCUUAGUCACAGCAAUUGGACAUCUGUACUGUAUUUUAGAAAUGUAUGAUCAGAAACAAAUUUCCACCCACGAGUAUACCUACCACUUACUUUCACCAUAAUGACAAGCACAUUACUUUUGGGGGAAAUAUUAAUUCAAAAUGUGCAACUGCAUAUCUGAUGUCUUUACCAGUUUGCUAUCUGUGAAUGAUUUUGAAUUAUUUUUUUUAUUUAUUUUUUUUUGGGGGGGGGUUAAAAUGACUAAUGUACACUCUAACUGCAGUGGAAAUUCCACUUAUUUAUUUAAUACACUUUUUUGUUUAUUAAACUAAAUUUCAUUUGCAAUUAACACAUGUCAUGUCCUCAGUUCUCUGGCUGGUGAAUUACUUUACUGUUAUUUUGUCAAGUCCAGCUUGAGCUCUGCUCAAGCUUGUCCCUUCACAGGCCGCUUGUUGGUUGAAUAAUGUAAUAUAAACAUGUUGUGGGCCGUGUAAAUAAAAUCACAAGUUGACUGAUAAUGCAAAAUCAAAAGCUCAUCACUAAUCAUAUCCCAGUUGCAGGACACCCUUCUUGGGAUGCGUUAAUUUUCUUCAUUUAUCACCAUGAACUCGACUAUAUGGUUAGGAACUCAAGGUACCUCUGACUGUUUUUCCUUAUUUUUCAUUGCUAAGGUUUUUUGUCCACUGUGUGUGUGUGUGUGUAAGAAUAUCCUUUAUCAUGUACUUCAUUUAUACUCAUGUAAGCCCUGGUCAGACCACUGUGAUAAAACACUUGUGUAGGAACUAGAUUAAUUGGCCACUGAAAUAAGCAUAGCAUCUGGAGACUAGCCUCACCUGGCUGAAGUAAUUAACUGUUAUUUUCACUUGAUGCUUCCUCUGUUUGUAGUGCCCACUAUGAAGAAAAAAUUAACCUCUGCAUUUUAGUUGGCCAGUUCUUUAUGGAAUCAUUUAGGUACUUCAUAGGCCACCAGAAUUGGUUGAUGUCCUGCUCAAUGGCUUUGAAUAUGUCUGUACAGAACUCAGAUAAUCGAGAGAGCAGAGCCAAAACAUAGUUCUGCCUCCUCUAAUCCUUGUUAAUAACAAACCUGUUCGACAUUCCACCAUCCGAUACCAUGCCUCUCUUACUGGCCAGGCACUUCAUUCUUUUAAAAUAUACACCUUGAAAUGUUACAAAUUUCAUUGCCGGGGUCAUCCCAUCAAGUACUUAAACAGCAUCAGUCUCCUAUAGUGUAAGAACCUGUUCUUUGAUAAACCUCAGGACAGGGCCUCCAAGUCUUAUGAAAGGUCUUUAAGGACCAUCCAAUUCUGGUAGCCGUUUGGGCAAUGAGGAAACAACUUUUGCACAAAGUGUCUGCUUUGAAAUAAAUGAAAGAGAUGUUUUUUUGGCAUGUUA